AUGGUAAUGAAUAACAAAAUGCAACAGCUGGUGACUGAGCAAAUCACUGCCAAUGGCGAUGACAGCGACAUCGUCACCGAGACCGUAAUCCUCGAAUUACAGGACGUCGACUUGCACAAGAACGGAGUAAAGUCUGGCGCGAACGUUCAGACGAUUCCGAGUUAUACCUCAGCGCCGACGAUGACGACGAGGAGGAUGAAAGGCCACCAUGGUGGCGCUAAGGAAAAGACCGGAACCUCCACACUGAAGAAGGAAGCCACCAGCGUACCACCAGAGUCGGUCGACAAGCAAAAUAUGCUGCAGGUGAUGGCCAUACUGUUCGAGAAGAAGAACAUGGAAGUCAACGGCACCGUGCUUGGCUUGACCACACUGGCUCCCGGCGCCUGGAAGCCAGACGAUGGACAAUGUUCGGACCAUUUCCGGCUGUGCAAGGAAUGGGCAAAGCACGGCGAAUGCGUCAGCAAUCCGUACUGGAUGAAGCCCAACUGCAAAAUGUCCUGCAAUGCUUGUCAGGAGGUUGUAAAGACCACAACGCCCAGCAAUUCAGACUGCAUCGACCGCGAUGAAAACUGCGAAUUCUGGGCCUCGUUCGGUGAAUGCAUCAAGAACUACAAGUACAUGUCAUCGCACUGCCCGGUGGCUUGUGGAACGUGUCCAUAA